UAGGCCCUCUUAAAAUGAUUUUAAGAUGAAAUAAAGGCAGCUCAUAACAUUGCUAGGAUAGCUGGUCUAGCUUUCAUUUCAAUAAUUCGACUUUAAAAUUGGUGAUGUGUUAUUGAACGUAGUAGUUAAACGCAUCCAAUGACGCAUAGAAUUCAUCAAUAAAUUAGUCGUGGCAAAGCUACUCGACAUGUCGGAGCCAAUCGUAGAAAUUGCGAACGGCCAAAUACGUGGCAUAACCAAGCGCAGUAUUGAGGGCUACGAUUACAUUGCGUUUAGAGGGAUCCCUUAUGCAGAACCACCAGUUGACGAUUUCAGAUUUAAAGAUCCAGUCCCAGUAAAAAAUUGGACUGGCAUAAAAGAUGCUACAAAGUACGGAGAUAUAUGUGCACAAUUUGAUUUAACACUACGCAAUUUUGGUGGAAACGACAACUGUCUUUUCAUUAACGUUUACACAAGAUCACUCAAAAAUGUUGAAAAGAAAAAACCAGUCAUGGUAUGGAUACAUGGAGGAGCAUUUUUGUAUGGGUCUGGCAAUGACAUGCAUUUUGGGCCUGAUUAUCUACUAAGAAAAGAUAUAGUCCUUGUUACGUUCAAUUAUAGACUUGGAGUAUUCGGUUUUCUAAACUUGGAAGACGAAGUUGCUCCUGGCAACCAAGGGCUAAAAGACCAACUCUUGGCCUUGAAAUGGGUUCAGCAAAAUAUUGAAGUUUUUGGUGGAGAUCCUAAUAAUGUUACGAUUUUCGGUGAAAGUUCAGGGGCAGUUUCAGUACACUAUUUAUGUUUGUUUCAUGCAAAUAAAGGUCUAUUUCAUAAAGCAAUUAGUCAAAGUGGUACAUCUUUUCACAAUUGGGCAAGAGUGAAGAAUCCAAAAACAUAUGCCUAUGCAUUAUGUCGAGCAUUAGGUAAUAAAACAACUGAUCCAAAAGAAGCUGUGACAUUUUUAAGAUCAAUUGGUAGCGAUGAAUUAGUCAAGGCCCAAGAAGAAGUUAGACGAGCUAGCGAUAACGUAGGAAAUAGAUUUUCAUUUGGCCCAGAUAUAGACGACAAAUCAUCAGAUCCUUACAUGCCGGUUGCACCAGAGAUCGAAGCUUUAAAAGGUGUUCACAUACCUUACUUGAUCGGGCACAAUAAUCGUGAAGGAAUCCUUGCGUUACUAGAUGAUAAAACUUUUACAGCGUUACAAAAAGAAAAAUAUCAAUACAUCCAAGAAAACUUCGAAAAAACUAUCCUUCCACGUACACUAGAUACGUUAAAGCAUUAUAAUUUAACUCCCGAAGAUCUGAGAAAAGAAUAUUUCGGGAACAAGGCCAUAUCUCUGGACACCAGUGGUAUAUAUGCUGACAUGUGUAGCGAUUUAUACUUUGUAGAAUCAGUUCAUCGAGUUUUAAAAAUUCAAGCUGAAAAGAGCAAAACGCCAACCUACUAUUACAAAUUCUCUUAUUCGGGACAAGUUUCGUUGACAAAGGCAUUGCUUCUAAAUCCUAUAACUGGUGCUUGUCACUUUGACGAAGUAGAAUAUCUGUUUUUCGUGAAGCUACGGAUACCGUUAGGCUUAGGUUCUCUAAAACGAGGAACUCCAGGUUACAGAGUAAUGGAACGAAUGACAGAAAUGUGGACGAAUUUUGCUACAUAUGGUGAACCAAUACCUGAAAAAACAAAUCUCCUGACAGAAGAGUGGCCCCCGAUCGAUGAUGGAACAAAUCUUCGUUGUUUAAACAUCAACAAGUUUAUAGCAAUGGAGACAGUGGAAAACUUAGAUAAACGAUUUUUAUCUAUACAAUCGUCUUCCACUAAGAGCUGAGCUCUAUUUAACUCGGAAUUAAUAAUAGUACAAAGAAUAAAAAUAAAAUCCAUCUUCAUAUUUCAUUAAAUAAUAAGCAUAUCAUGUUAAAAAAUUUUAAAACAUUGUUUAAAAAUUCAAAGAUAUGUUUCUUGUAUGGCCAGGAAUAAAUUUAGAAAUACGUAAUACAAAAACUGACAAUGUACGGUACACACUUUAUUCAAUACUGGGUCAUAUGUUUCUUUUGGGUUUGAUAAAAUGCAUAUGUUUUAAAAAUACUGUGCUUGUCAAUGUAUAUCUUACCCUUUGGAUAUGAUUACACGUAUAAUUAUGGUUUUAAAUAACUAGCUCGAUUCAGCACGUGCUUCGCGCGCCUAAUUUUCUUGAGACUAGAAAUUUAAAAUCGGAACUUUAAAAAUGUAUGGAUUGACGCGUGCUUGAAUUAGCAGUCACAAAAAUAUUAACAUUUUACUUAAUUUUGUAUAUUUGCAAUUCUGACGAAAAUUGGCCCACACGUAUAUGUGUAAUAUGUGUAAGACAUUUUAUGUAAGAGCUUUAUAAUUUACUGAAGUUAUAACCUUUUCAUCAAUUAUUGUGUACACUUUGAUUUCUUCUUUUUUAACUGAUUGACAAUAUUUGUAAAAAUAAAAAUCAACAUUUCAUUUUUAAAUAAAUUAAGAUAGCCUGGUUCUCUUUAUAAAAUAUCCGAAUUUUAUUCAAAAAUGAAAAAAUGUUCACUGCAUUGAAUAAUAUAUAGAUAUUACUAUUUAAUGUCCAUUAUUAUGUACAAAAGUUGAUAAUGUUUACUAAGUAUCACUUAUUGAUCUAAUUAAAAGCACAAGUAAUAUUAACAUACUAAGAACAAAGAA